UAUAUGGUGUAUCCUUCUGUCUCACUUAAUCUGUUUACAAGGGACAGUCACCAGCGUCAGGCACCUCCAUAACAGUUCAUGCACACUGUUGACCUUCACAGAUGUUCUCAUGGCGGUGAAAACGUUGGGAGAAGAAUUAAAGGUUUAUUAUGACGAUGAUCUCCAGUAUUGUCAACCACAGUUAACUAUAAGAUAUUAAGGCACUAAUGGUCUUGGUGACAAUAUGUUACAGAACCAGGACCUCCAGUCAUCAUGUCGGUGGAGCCAGCACCGUCCUCGUCACUAAGAGUGAAGUGGAGCACCCCAGAGAAGCCCAACGGCGUCAUCACCAUCUAUACUAUUACCUGGACCUGGGAGGGGCAUAUGGACCAUACCAUAACCCCUGACAACACCUACACCACCACCGACCUGCUUCCCUGUACCACCUACAGCGUCACCGUCAGGGCUGCUACAAGUAAAGGUUAUGGUCCAGAGAGUGAUCCAUUGACUGGAACAACUUAUCGUGUAGACCCUGAUCCCUACCUCCAGGACCUUAUGGCGGCCAAGGUGAUGGAUCAGUCCUCUCAGCUGUUCGUGAACUGGACCGCGGCACAAGGCGUCGGUAACUGUGUCGUCACCUACAGGAUCACCUGGCGCCCCGUCAGUGAGAGUAAUGGUAAUGGUACAUCUUACACCACCUCGCUGAGCCACACCAUCACCCAGCUGGAGGCCUGGACCACCUACCACGUGUGUGUGGCCGCCACGACUAAAACAAAAUACAAUAAUGACACAUGUACCAACACAACGACAGACGAGGACAAACCAGGACCUCCAGUCAUCAUGUCGGUGGAGCCAGCACCGUCCUCGUCACUAAGAGUGUCGUGGAGCGCCCCAGAAAGCCCAACGGCGUCAUCACCAACUAUACUAUUACCUGGACCUGAGAGGGGCGCCACCAACCACUGCAACCCUGACACCACCACCGCACCUGCUUCCCUGCACCACCUACAGCGUCACCGUCAGGGCUGCUACAAGUAA